ACGUCAUGGCUUCCAGUCACACUGUGUUGAUGCGGUUGGUGGCUUCAGCAUAUUCUAUUGCUCAAAAGGCAGGAACGAUAGUCAGGCGUGUUAUUGCUGAAGGAGACCUGGGUAUCGUGGAGAAGUACACGGGCCUCUCACUGUUGUGGCCUCUCCCAUUGCGGAGCACAGGCUCCGGAUGCGCAGGCUCAGUGGCCAUGGCUCACGGGCCCAGCCUUUCAGCGGCUUGUGGGAUCUUCCCGGACCGGGGCACGAACCCACGUCCCCUGCAUCAGCAGGCGGACUCUCAACCACUGCGCCACCAGGGAAGCCCUGUCAUAAUCUUUAAGGAAAAUUGUAUUGUAAUUUUUCCCAAGUGGGAAAAUUUUAGGAUAUGAUAAACAUUUUAAUGAUUUGAAAUAGAGAUGUAGUUAAGAUGCUCCUUUAUGAUUAGUCAAGCAUCUAUUUAAGGCUAUUUGUAUAAAAAAAUAAGGACCUUAUAUAUAUAAGUAAAAAACAACUUAGAAAUAAGUUCCUGUGAACUAAUUAUAGGAUAUUCAACAUAACUACUUUUAAAAUUAAGAAUAAAAAUCACAAGAACUAGUGAAAUAAAUCUCAUUUCCUUUUUUGAUAGAUUUAUGGGCUUAAUAGUAUAGGAAAUAGAUAUAGGGUAUCUUGAUUUUGAAAUCAAAAUUGAUUUGAAUCAACUUUUUAAAAAAUUUGUUAUGGUCCCUUAUUUUCCAUUUUCAAAAAGCAUUCAAGCUAUUUAUAAUAUAUAGAUGAUAUCUCUCAUCCCCCAUCCUGAGCCACUGUUAGGUGUACUCAUAACUAGGUGAACAAUGUUACCCCAUAAUUUUAUUCAUGAUUCACUUUCAAGCUGGAAAAUGGUCACUGGUUGACAGAUCGUAGGACUCUGCUCCUGACUGUCUUUUUCUCUUUAGCCAUUAACUUAAAUACAGUUUAAAAAAUUUGUUGAAUGCAUCUUUUCAAAAGUGCUGUGGAAGAGGAGGAUGUAGAAAGGAUACUUAUCAAAUAUGUCAAUAAAAUGAAGCUGGAAGGGCUAGUUGUUGUAUUGGAUUGCAGAAUAAGUAUUCAAAAUAGUUGCAAACUCUGAGAAAGGUGGGCCAAAUUCAACAAGAUAUUACAAUAGGAAUAAAGUCCUAUAUUAAUGUUCAAGUAAUAAGGGGGGAGUCUGAUUCAAAUUUGUGUGAAAAAGAGGUUUUAGUUGAUCACAUACAUGCUCAAUGACAAGCCAACAAUGUAAAACAGCUACUUUCAGAAGGCUACUAAUCUUACUGUCUUUCCUUUUUUAUUGUUUUCUCUAUUAUGAAACAUAGGAAGUGGAGAAAAACAGCAAAAAGUACAAAAUCAUCUAUUAGGCCACCACCGCCAAUAUUUUGGAUCAUAUCUUUGCAUAUUUUUCUCUUAGCAUUAUUUAUUUUGUUUAAAUUGAUUUUCUCUUGUGAUUAUAUUAGAUGGACCACUUUGUAGCCGAUAGCUAAAGAGUAAUAGAAAUAUAGUGUUCAAGUUAGAAAGAAAGAUAAUAACCUCACUGUCCUCUCUACUGGUCAGACACUUCUAGUACUUUAUAUCCACUUGUUGACACCUCAUUUUAAAAGAGACAGGGCAAAAACAGAUUUGUCACACAAAGUAUCUAGAAUGGUGAGAUCUGGCACUAUGUCGGUAGAAAGAGCAGGGAAUAUCUUAUCCUAGAGAAGAGUUGGGAGAGCUUUCCUCAUAGAGUUGAAUGGCUAUCAAUGUGUCUUUUUUCCUCUGGAGCAGUGGUCUCUAAACUUGAUUGAUAGACCUGUGCAACAGACCUGCAGACCAAGGCGGACCGAUUAGUUCAAAUGAGCAUAUGCUCUUCUUUGGCACGGAAAUUCCCCAAACUAACAAUUAUAGGGGAAGAGGAUCUGCCUCCUGAAGACGUGGAUCAAGAGUUGAUUGAAGAUGGUCAGUGGGAGGAGAUACUGAAGCAACCAUGCCCAUCACAGUACAGUGCUAUCAAAGAGGAAGACCUUGUGGUCUGGGUUGAUCCUCUGGAUGGUACCAAGGAAUAUACUGAAGGUCUUCUUGACAAUGUAACAGUUCUUAUUGGAAUUGCUUAUGAAGGAAAAGCCAUAGCAGGAGUUAUUAACCAGCCAUAUUACAACUACCAGAACAAUGAAAAUCAAAAGUUAAGGGAACCCAGGAGUGAAGCAAAGGCAGGACCAGAUGCUGUGUUGGGGAGAACAAUCUGGGGAGUUUUAGGUUUAGGUGCCUUCGGGUUUCAGCUGAAAGAAGUGCCUGCCGGGAAACACAUUAUCACAACUACCCGGUCCCAUAACAGCCAGUUGGUUACGGACUGCGUUGCAGCUAUGAACCCUGAUGAUGUGCUGCGGGUGGGAGGAGCAGGAAAUAAGAUUAUCCAGCUGAUUGAAGGCAAAGCCUCUGCUUAUGUAUUUGCAAGUCCUGGUUGUAAGAAGUGGGAUACCUGUGCUCCAGAAGUCAUUUUACAUGCUGUGGGAGGCAAGUUAACCGAUAUCCAUGGAAAUGCCCUUCAGUAUAACAAGGAAGUGAAGCACAUGAACUCAGCUGGCGUCCUGGCCACACUGAGGAAUUAUGACUACUAUGCAAGUCGAGUUCCCGAAUCUGUUAAAAAUGUACUUGUUCCUUGAAGGGAAAUCUCGUCGACUCAACCAGGAGAAGGACUUGCUCCUCAAAAACUAAUUGGAUGGAAUUUGAGCUCUACCUUUACUUCAUUCAUUGUUGAUCACCGAUUUACAUUUGGUUACUUAGGAGUAGAAAACUGAAUUUUUAAACGUCUUGAUUAAUGAAUCAACCAGACCAAUUUUGACAUCUGGAAAACUUGUAAAGUCAGUAUAUUUCACAUUUCAUUUUUCCUCCUUUUAUUUGGAGCAGUGAAAGUAAAGCUUAGUUCCAACUGGCCAUCCUGGUGCACUGUUGAAUCAGCAUUCCUGUUUUGUAAACCAGAUUUCUUUAGGGCACAGAACCACAAGUUAUUACCUAAAUCUCAUUCUUGUCUUUCACAGUAAUGUAAAACGUUUUCCUACCCCCAUUCUGAAUACAUUAAAAUAUUCUAUAUGUUGAUGAAACAGAUUUUGAAGAAACAUUUCUUUAUAAUAAAUUAUUUAAUUCUAGCUCUCUCUGUUAUUCACCAGCUUUUUUUGUUUUUAAGUAGUUGGAAACUAUGUAUUCUUGCUGUGGGCAUUACUUUAUCCUUAUGGCAUCGUUAUGCAGUUUAACUGUGGAAAGUUAGGUAAUUGCUCCUAUUCCUUCCAAAGGAAGAUUAUAAUGUAUGCUAUCAAAAUUAUUCUGAUAUUCUGCCUAGGUUUUUAUUGUUUAGGACUCUGUCCUGUGCUCUUAAAUAAAUUUCUCUCAUUG